UGCAACUUCGCACUUUAGUGAAUCGGCGUAGUCGGAACGAAUUUACGCCUGGCGAAGUGUUGCGAUGGCUGCAAAGCCGUCUCUGGAGAAUUUUUGCCGCAUAGGGAAAUUGCCCCAUAGUCUUCUGAAAUCUCCCCUAAAUUCCAUUUGAUCAUGCGCAUAUUGUGAUUGACGCCCUUACUGACCUAUAGACUGGCAAAUUAUAGCCCUUAUUUAGCAACCACUAGGAAUUUUAUUUACAGUAGUCUAGCUACCGAAAACUUUUUAUAUUUGAGGGAGGAAUGCAGGUCCAGAAGGCUGGGGACCUUUGUUUGAGUUUGUGUUACUUAAAUGGUUCACUUAGCAACUUUCACAUUUACAUGAUAUUAAAAUGCAUUUAGUAAAUAUCACUUUCAUACAAUUUUUUUACAUUACGUACAUCAGCAUGUCUGACAAAAUUCAGUUAUACAUUGUAAACUAGCUAAGAAAAAAACAGCUUUAGUGUAAAUUGCGUGUUGGUUGCAGCCAUUGUUGGUUUGCUGGUGCACCCCUGUGAAAGAGAUGCAUCACUUUAGUGAUUUAUAACAGUAUAAUAUUUGCAGAGGAUUUGGCAGAAUAGAACUAAGAGGUUUACCAGUGCUUCAGCAGUUGUAUAACCACCUAACCCACCCCACAUGGGCACAGUGCUGACACAGUACUGAUUUUUUCACAACAUCUGUGUUUGCAUCUCAUGGUCAGUAUCUAAGCACUCAAAACAUACAGUAUAAUUCCUGCUGCUCUGUAGAUUCCUGGAGUUAAGAAGCAAUGAGUUAGCGUUGGAUAACAGUUUUUUCUUUAGUUUACAAGUUCCUGUUAUGGCAGGGCCAAGAUUAUUGUAAAUGGUUACUUGGCCAAUAAGGUUGGUCUCUAGAAAUUAAGAGAUUUUCUGCACUCCUAGAGUCAAGACUUGAUGCAGGUUUAAACAUGUAACCAUCAUUUUGAAUAUUUGACACUUGAUCUGCUCUGCAAACUGUUUCAUUACAAGUGAAAUGUGUCACACAAUAUUGUUAGUUAGUCCACAGGUGCUUUUUGAUCAUCCACCUGUUGCUGUCAACCCAAAAGAAGCACCCCUGACUCAGAAUUGUUCUACAGGACCUCUAUGAAACAGAUUUUUGUGAAGUUGAUGGAAGUAUAAUAUCAAGAAUAAGAAGAAAGAUGGGUGUUAAAGUAACUGGCAAGUAUAUACCUCCACUGGAAUGGGAGAAGAACAAUACCUCAUCUUCUACAAGAUACUUGAGUUGGUCACCUUUAGAUAAAGAUUGUACUGACACAGACAACAACAAAGAUGCACAUAUUGAAAAAGUCAGUAAUAGGUCUGCUGAACCACUCCUCAAGGAUUCAAGAGAAGCUACUGACUACCCAAAUUACAGAGAAGAAGAAACUUUUAAAACAGAAGAAAAACAUAUCAUGGACAAGCAGCAGGUGGAAUCUCUACAAGCCAAUACUAGCCAGAUAUGUCUGGCAAAAAUAAAAGAUGCAAAAGGGACAAGUAAAUAUAAUUUUGGGAAAAUAAAUGAUAAAUUAAUUCUGUUUGGGCCAGCAAUACCCAAGGAAACAUUGAAAGAAAUAAAAAGUAUCUCCAUGGAAAGACCAUCAAUAACUAAUAAAUGUAAUAUUAAAUACAGACCAGUUGCAACAGAAAUAAAACUGGCUAAAUAUUAUGACACCAGGACUGAGAAGGCAGGUUUAACAUUUGAAACAUUCAGGCCCACUGUGCAAAAAAGCAGCCAAAGUCUGUCCAUUAAAAAUCCUGAGAAAAAAUCACUUUGUGAGUCUGAUUAUAGUUCAAGUGAAUCAACAGAGCCAGUGAAGAGAUCAUUAAAUGAAAACCAGUCUCAAAUACAGGAAAAAUCAAGCACUGCUGCUGGAAAGCAUUUGGACCACACAUCCCCUGAUAUCUAUGGUCACAGGUCUAUUGGAAGUAAAGACCUGCAUUGUGGCAAAAUUGGAAUUCCAGAACCUCUUUAUAUUAAUUCCCAUAUUGAAGUGAUUAAACAGCAGAUUGCUCAAGAAGACAUACAUUUUAUACGAUUUGAAGCACCAGACCUUCAUGGGUUUCCUAGAUCUAAAACAAUUCCUGAACGCUAUUUCCAUGAGAAAGCAGUCAGUGGUAUUCACAUGCCAAGAAGUUAUCUAGAAUCCAAUAUGAAUCCAAAAGAGCCCGAAAUAGACCAUAAAAGGGCAACAUACUUUAACUGUGAUAUUGUCUUGAAACCAGAGCUAUCAACCUUCAGAGUUCUACCAUGGGCAGAAAAAACUGGAAAUGUUAUUUGUGAUGCAUAUACCAUUAUGGGAGACUUACUGUUAACUUCACCAAGAUAUCUAGCAAAACACUUACUCACACAACUCCAAGAAAGUGGGUUUUCUCUCCAUGCUUCUUUCACUUAUGAAUUUAGUAUUUUUGGAGUUGCAGAAACUGUAGAUUCUAAGCAAGUUGUAUUCCCUGCUGCAACAUUAGUGACUGACAAUGACCAGUCAAUAAUCCAAGAACUUUUUGAUAGAAUGUAUUAUAUAGGUGUAGACAUUGAAAGCUUUUGUUCAUCCAGUACACCUGGGCAAAUGGAGGUUUCUUUCCAGCCCGAGUAUGGCCUGGCUACUGCUGAUAAUGCUUUUACCUUCAGAAAUGGUUUAAAAGAGGUAGCUAAGAAUUAUGGGUACAUUGCUAGUUUUUAUAAUGAUGUAAGUGGUAUUUUUAAUUCUGGGGUUUUCUCACACAGCUUGUGGGAUUCAAGUGGAACGAAAAACUUGUUUAAUGAUGGAAACCGAGUUCAGAAACUCACAGACAUUGGCAAAAAUUGGCUUUCUGGUUUACUUUUGCAUUCAGCAGCUCUCAGUUGUUUAGUGUCCCCUGGUGAAAGCUGUCGCAUGCAUUUCGCAAAAGGUGCAAAGGAUUUACAGCAAAGUAUAGAAGUUACUUAUGGAUUUAAUGAUACCAGCUGUUCAUACAAUGUCAAAUGUCAUUGUUCUAAUGGCACCUACAUAGAGAACAAGCUAUGCUCAGCCUCAGCAAAUCCUUAUCUAGUGCUCAGAGAGAAACAAAUUUCUAGAGUAUUUCAUCUAGAUCAUAACAUGUAAACAUUCAAAUUAAAAGUACUUAUAAACACCAAGGAGCAGAUUUAUCAAGGGUCGAAGUGAAUUAGAGAGAAUUUUC